UCGUUCUGAUACUUAACCAACGCUAUCAGAAAAGACAUAAAUAUACAUGUACUUGUACAUGUAAUAAAGUAGUUCGGAAGUCGAACUGUAACAGGACAGAACACACAUCACAGUGAGGGAGAUAUCCGAAGAUUCAUAAGAUUCAUGUGUGACAAUGCGUUGCUGGCCAACAAAUGAUCUCAGCGCAUUUCCCUGCUGAUGACAGUCGGAGCAGAACGUCUGGGAAAAACCGAAACGGAACACCGACACAACUAAAGAUUUGCGGAUGUGCUUCACGACAAUGGACCGGAAGUUCAUAGCUAUCGUCUGCCUGGUGGUUGCCAUGGUUAUCGGAUAUUACUCGAUAGAUCGGUUUGAUCCAGAGUUAAUCCGUGGGAAGAGAGUACUCGUGACUGGAGGAAGCGCCGGUAUCGGAGAACAGAUCAGCUACCAGUAUGCUCGGCUGGGGGCCAAGGUGGUCGUUACCGCAAGGACAGUCAAGAAUCUAAAACGGGUUGUCUCAAAAUGCAAAGAGCUAAGUGGUUCCAGUGAACAUCACUAUAUAGCAGCCGACAUGGCCAACCUGGAUGAAACGGAGCGUGUGAUACGCGAGGCGACCACCCUUCUCGGCGGUCUUGACAUCCUCAUACUGAACCACGUUGCUCCGUAUCAGUUCGGCUGGUGGGAGGGGUCGGAGAACCUGACUGCCUUUAACACCAGGACAACUAUCGGGUACCUUUCGCACGUCCACCUUACCUCGCACGCUCUGCCUAUCUUACGGAAGACGCCGGGCAGUAACAUCGUUGUCCUGUCAUCAAUGGCGGGUAUCAUGGGCUACAGCAUCCAGGCAGACUACGCUGGCGUCAAAUUCGCCCAGAAUGGCUUCUUCAAAAGUCUCCGUGAUCAGUUUUCCGUCAUGAAGGAGGAUAUAGCAGUCACCGUGUGUUUUCUUGGCGCUAUCAGUACGGAAAGCUUUGCAAAAGCCUUGGAAAACGUUUCACUUGGAGGACUUUACGAGGACUUGAUCAAGUCUACACCCGAGGAUACAAGCUACACUAUUGUGAGAGCAGCUCAGCUAAGACUGCCUGAGUUGUACCACCCAUACUGGUUCGUCAAGUUGGGGACUUGGCCAGUGACUGGAGAAAUAUUCAAAUGGGUGUUAAGCCAGUAUCUGGUGAAUCUGGGCUAGCAGAGUUGGAUAAAGAAAAUAGGAAAUAGUGAUUUAUUGUACAUAAGCAUUGAUGAUGCAGAUGAUACACUGUGUCUUUCGAUUAAUUUUCAUAUCACAGCAAAUAAUUACAUUGUAGAAAAUAAAUGUACGGCAAAAUCAGUUCAAA